AUGCAAAAGGCAUUUCACACGGUACAUGAGAUAGUGUGUUUGGCUGCUCCCGCCGUGAUCACUACCACAAAAAGUUGGCCUUGUCGCUCGCUCUGUCUCCGGAUGUCACAGGUGGGAACAGACCAGAUGAUGCAGAGUCGGGUGGAAGAAUUCGGUCCAGACAGCUCAACCACAUGCAGGGCUUGCAAACUGCGUAAAAAAAAACAUGUGGGUAAAGGCUUCUGGUUCACGACAUAUGGCCAUACAGAAGAUUCACACAUAUUCAGACAGGAUGCCAACAGCGUUGAAAAGCGAAAUAAUUCCAAAUGA